UUGUUGCCGGAGCUAUUGAUCACCGAUAAUCACUGGACGACUCUUCUUUCCACUCUGGCUUUGUUAUUUGUGUGUCAAAUGACUUCUCGAUCCACGAGCUUAGAUAAGAUUAAAUUAUCUUUGAUCUUAUUGUUUUAGGGGGGAAAUUUGUCGGCGGGCAGAAGGGGAGGAAGAUAACGGAAGGCACACAGCCAUGGGGAAGACUGCGCAUUGUUCAUUGUACGUGUGACGGGUCAUCGGGGACUGGACAAUUCGCGGAAGAUGAUUGAUGGUCAGGAUCGAUCGACAUUUUUUUUGGCGCAAGAAACAACUCUCAGUGUGAAAUCCAACGGGAAAAUGAUGAUUUUUUCAUCGUCUUCCGAGAAGAUCAUUCCAACGAUGAAGAAUGAAAACCCUUCAGGGAAUUUUCGUGCAAAAAAUCAAGACAGGGGGUGGCUGGAAUAAUUCAGAUGUUGUUUCCGCAUUAACCAACUUUAUAAAAAAUCAAUCGAAUCGAGAGAGUGAGGGGGUUGUCUGGAGGGUCAAGUCCAGCCAACUACCCCCUGGUCAGUCUAUCGCGCGCGUUCAACGUGUCAACUACUUGCCACUGUCACGCGCCAACCCCUGGAAUGAUUCCAUCUGUAAUAUCAACGUCCAUCGAACGAGAAGUCAGAGGAUGGUGCUGCUGAAGAGUCCUCCACCGGGUCGUAAAAACCAGACGAAUCCCCGGAGAUCGCGAGGCAACAGUCCCAGCGAUGUUAAGUCCCGGGGCAACAGUCCAUCAAAACCCGGAGCCUCAUCAGUCCGUAAACCAACAAUUCGUGCUUCCAGAAGCGAGAAUGGAAGCAUUGAACGCUUGACCGAGGGCGACAAGAGGGUCAUAGCUUCCAAGCAUCUUCUUCCGGAGGACAACAUCAACGUCGUCAUUCGGGUGAGACCUCUGGGGGAAAAAGAGAAGAAAGCUGGUGAUCAAUCGGCUGUUCAUCUUCCUGGUGAUGGACAGAUACAGUGCGAGGUGUUCGUGGGAAUCGACAGGAAGCCGAGAUUGUUCUCUUACAAUGUUGUGUUCGAACCUGCUGCCAGUCAGGAGGAUGUCCUUCAGUAUUCUGGAAUGAAGAAACUCAUUGAAAUGGCUGUCGAGGGAUUUAGCUGUACUGUUUUUUGUUAUGGACAGACUGGAAGUGGAAAGACUCACACGUUGACUGGUCCACCUGGUCUGUUCUCCAACAUGAAUCCCUACUCAGAAGACCAUGGGCUCGUGUUCAGGUCCUUCGUCUACCUUUUCAAAAUGCUCCAAGAACGGAAAGAAUGUAAUUUCGUGCUGAGGGCCUCAUUCCUCGAGAUAUACAACGAGAAAGUGAUCGAUCUUUUAAAUCCAGGAAACUCCAGGAAGUCACUGGCUGUUCGCUGGAGCAAGAAAAGUCGGGGUUUCUUCGUGGAGAAUUUGUUCACUGUUGACUGCGAGGAAUUGGAUGAUCUGUUGGCGGUGCUGGAAGAAGGCAUGAGAAAUCGAUCCGUUGGCUCUCACAACAUGAACGACCACUCGAGCCGCAGUCACACCAUCCUCACCGUCCACAUAACGUCAGAACAGCAGAUGGAGAAUGGGGUUUUCAUUUCUAAACAGGGAAAAAUCAAUUUUGUCGAUCUUGCUGGCAGUGAAAUGACCAAAAAGACGCAGAGCGAAGGGAAGACUCUGGAGGAGGCCAACAACAUCAAUAAAAGUCUCAUGGUUCUGGGCUAUUGUAUCUCUUCGUUGAGCGAUGGGAAGAGAAAAACUGGACACAUUCCUUACCGAGACAGCAAAUUAACAAAACUCCUCGCUGAUAGUCUCGCUGGAAAUGGCGUUACACUCAUGAUCGCCUGCGUCUCUCCCGCUCGUUCCAACGCCUCUGAGACCCUCAACACCCUCAGAUACGCCGCAAGAGCCAAGAAAAUUCGCACAAAACCAAUCGUCGUGAUGGAUCCACGGGAAGCCCUGAUUUUAAGCUUGAAAAGAGAAGUCGGAGCUCUGCAGACUGAGAACGAUCACCUCAGGGCUGCUCUUCACCUGGGCAACGAUCCCCUGACAGCCAUCACCACUGAAUCCCUGGAAAGGAGGCCACCCAUUCACUCCCCUCAGGUGGACAUUGACAGACUGGCCGAGAUGGAGUCCCCAGAGCUCAGCCAACUUGUUCGUGCCUACAUCACUGAGAACGAAGCACUCAGAAGGGAGAACGCUGAACUGUAUGCCACCAGGGAUCAGGUCGUCAGAGAUCAAGAGCUCGUCUGCAGGGAGAAUGAGAGACUCUUGAAGAAAUUGGAAGAUGUGAACACGGUUUGUUGCAGAUCUCCUAUCAUUCCUGCACGACCCACUUAUUCUGCGGAGAUUCUUAACAGUUCGGGGAGCAGUGAACAACUUACUGGGGCGACUAACGUGUGGACUAAUCCUAAUGAAGAGACGGAAUUUUCUAAAAAUGGUCUUGCGACUAAUAUUCUAUCGACCCUGGAGACCGGAAUGCCGGAGAAAGUCCUGAAGGAGCUGGACAAGCGAAUUGUCGGGAGUUUUUCAAAUAUAGCAGAGACGUACAGAGACAAGAGCCACCACCGCAGGCACAACUCCUGGGACAAUGGAAAUGUAUUCACAGACAGUCCAGACCAAACUUCCUCUCCAGUAGACAGUAAUCAUUCCAGGAGAACUCCCUUCAGGAGGACAUCGACAGUUCCUGAAGAGAAUCAUUCAAGAUCUGCUGGUCUGCUGGGCCCUAGGGUGGCUCCAGUUCCGUAUUCCAUUGAUGGAACACCUGAUUCGAUGCUGUCAGGGCCUUUUCUGGAGGGCCAGAUGUCCGCUCCAACCACUGGGGAGUCUGUAGACCCCACCACCCCCUUUCCAUCGGUCUCUCAACCAUCAUCCCCAUUGGAGAGGCGCAGAAAAUCGGGGAAAAGGGAUGAAAAAAUUCACAGAGCCUUUGGUAGUCCUGUCAUGAUGAACAGGGCUGAUGCAGCUUUUGAAUAGGCAUGAGCUGAUCUGUGCUAUGGCCUACGUUAGGCUAGAACUAGUCCAUUUUCAAUCAUCUUGUCAGAAAUGUGUGAAUAUAAUUCCGUUUUUCCAAUAAAGUUUAAACUAUUGAGUUUUUAUGAAA